AUGUUGACCAUUUGGAGCACAUUUCGUGUUUUGUAUUCAAGCGCAAGUUAUGCAGAAAGACUUCCUAAAGGCGCUUGUCAACUAUUGGCAUCAGCUUUCAAUAUGCACCCGAAAGAUGUCGCUUACAAUACAGAAGAGUGCUGUAUUGAAGGAGACAACAUAGGGCACUCAUCGAUGCUAAAAAUGGAAGACAUCUACGACCCGCAUCGAAAGGCGCGUCUCUGA